AAUAGCAUUCAAAAAAAAUAUAUUACUCUCUACUUUAUAGAAACACCCCGAACAAAGCAUUUGGGGCUGCCAUUUGCCCAUAUUGCCACCCGCAACCCGAUUCGGUAAACCCUACUUGGAGAAGAAGUUUCAGUUUAGGGGGUUUAAGCGGAUUAAACCGCCGGAGCAUUUCGAUUGAUGAAAGUAUGGCAGCUUCAAGGCUAUCUUCACUGGCCGCCGGCGCUGCAGCCGCCGCAGUUUUAGCCGGUUCCAACUUCGCGCCCUCUACUAUCGCUUACGCCGAUUCUUCAUUUCGUUUCCCCCCUUUCUCCCGCUCUCAUCCUACUCCUCCUCCGCCGUCACCGGAGGCCGACUCGUCUGCUUCGAUUUCCAAUGCUCCCCCUGAAGAGCCUAAAGGUGGCUUCGAUCACCAAGCUCUGGAGAGGGGCGCUAAAGCCCUAAAGGAAAUCAACAACUCUCCUCAUCACAAACAGGUAUUUGAAUUAAUGAGGAAGCAGGAACAGACUCGUCUUGCUGAGUUGAAUGCCGAGAAAGCUCACUUUGAUGCUAUCCAGGCUCAUGCCGAUAUUGAGAAGCAGAGAAAAUGGGCGGAAGAUCAACGGGAGCUUUAUCAGCAACAAUCACAGGCUAAGGCACAAAUGCUGAGAUACGAAGAUGAAUUGGCAAGGAAAAGAAUGCAGACAGAAAAUGAGACUAAAAGACAUCAAAAUGCUGAAUUGGUCAAAAUGCAAGAGGAGUCAUCUAUACGAAAAGAACAAUCAAGACGAGCAACUGAAGAACAGAUCCAAGCACAGCAACGACAAACAGAGAAAGAGAGAGCUGAAAUGGAACAAGAAACUAUUCGAAUUGAGGCCAUGGCAAAAGCUGAAGGCCGAGCUCUUGAAGCUAAAUUGACUGAAGAUCAGAAUAAGCGGAUGCUAGUUGACAAAAUAAAUGGUGAAAAAGAGAAGUGGCUUGCUGCAAUAAAUACAACAUUUACUCACGUUGAAGAUGGAUUCCGUGUUUUAUUGACUGACAGGAGUAAGUUGAUUAUGGCUGUGGGUGGAGCUACUGCAUUAGCUGCUGGGGUUUAUACCACCAGGGAAGGGGCAAGAGUUACAUGGGGAUACAUUAAUAGGAUUCUCGGGCAGCCAUCUCUGAUUCGAGAAUCAUCAAUGAAAAAAUUUCCAAUGAUUUCACAACUAGUAACCAACAUAUCUAAAUCCGGUGCAGCCUUUGAUGCAGCAAGUAAAUCUACUUUCAAUAAUAUCGUCUUGCAUCCAUCAUUGCAAAGGAGGAUAGAGCACCUUUCUCGGGCCACCGCUAACACCAAGUCUCACCAGGCACCUUUUCGUAAUAUGAUGUUCUAUGGACCUCCUGGCACUGGCAAAACAAUGGUAGCCAGGGAAAUAGCCAGAAAAUCGGGUUUGGAUUAUGCAAUGAUGACGGGAGGAGAUGUUGUACCACUGGGUGCACAGGCUGUCACUAAAAUUCAUGAGAUCUUCGAUUGGGCAAAAAAAUCCAAGAAGGGCUUAUUGCUUUUCAUUGAUGAGGCUGAUGCCUUCUUAUGCGAGCGAAACAGCCGACACAUGAGUGAAGCUCAGAGGAGUGCAUUGAACGCAAUGCUGUUCCGAACAGGGGAUCAGUCCCGGGACGUGGUCCUCGUCCUCGCAACCAACCGACCGGGGGAUCUCGACACCGCCAUCACUGACCGCAUCGAUGAGGUCAUCGAGUUCCCCCUCCCGCAGGAGGAAGAACGCUACCACCUCCUGAGGCUGUACAUGAACAAAUACCUCUCUUCCGGCGAAGGGGACGCCGCCGGCGAGUCCAGCCGGUGGGGCCUGCAUCUGUUCCGCAAGACUCCGCGGAGGAUAACCGUGAAGGAUGACGUCAGCGACGAUGUUCUCAAGGAAGCUGCGAGGAAGACCGAAGGGUUUUCGGGACGGGAGAUUGCGAAACUGAUGGCCAGCUUGCAGGCGGCUGUUUAUGGGAGCCCUGACUGUGUUCUUGACUCUCAGCUCUUCAAAGAGAUUGUUGACUUCAAAGUUGCAGAGCACAAGCAGCGGCUGCAGCUCGCUGAUGGCGGCGGACAUCCUUCCUACUCCUUCAUUUAGGUGCCAAAUUCUUUUUAUAUAUUUGGAGUUCUGUUUUCUAAAUUCUUAUUUAUCUCUUUUAUUGAUUAGAGGUACUAUAUGAGGAAACAUUUCUUUAGCAACAAUUUCACUUGACAGUGGAAUUUGAUGAUUUUUAAAAUAUACGGAGUAUAUGUUUGUGUUUCUCUCUAUGCGUAUAAAUACUUUUUAACUAU